AUGGAUUUAGAAGCAGACAUUUCAUGGAACAAUGUCAGUUACGAAGACAGUUACGAGGAAUGUUUGAACAUGACAAUUGCAGAGUGCCGUCUGGGGCCCCCAAGAUACCCGCUCUCGACUGUCAUCCCUAUGACAAUCGUCUACGUAGUCAUUUUAAUGACAGGAGUCAUUGGUAACAUCUGUACUUGCAUUGUCAUAAACAGGAAAGGCUACAUGCACACGGCGACCAACUAUUAUCUCUUCAGUUUAGCCAUUUCUGAUUUGCUGCUGUUAGUUUUGGGCUUGCCGGAUGAACUGUACCAGCUAUGGUACCGGUACCCUUACGCUUUUGGAGAAGCAUUCUGUAUCCUACGUGGACUGACAUCUGAGAUGUCCACCAACGCUUCUAUUCUGACCAUAACUGCUUUUACCUUCGAACGAUACGUCGCCAUUUGCCAUCCAUUAAGUGUAAAAACGAAAGCGAAUCUACCAAGAGCUGUGAAAACCAUAUUGGCCAUCUGGUUCGUGGCUGCUUUGUGCGCAUUGCCAACUGUCUUGCAGUUUGGCAUCAAGUACGAGGAAGGCAGAAGUGGGGAGAUUUUAUGGGACACUGCCAUGUGUAGCGUGAAGAAUCCCCUGCCGCAUAUAUUCGAAAUUUCCACCUGUUUAUUCUUUGUUCUACCAAUGAUAUUGAUGUCUGUGCUCUACGUGCUUAUUGGUGUUCGUCUUAAGCAGAGUAGUGGCGGGAAACAUGGAGAUAGUUUGAACGAAGGAAACUCUACAGUCAUGAGACAAAAAAUCAGUUCCAGAAAGUCCGUGGUCAGAAUGCUAGUUGCAGUUGUCAUAUCCUUCUUCAUCUGUUGGUCGCCGUUCCACGCUCAGCGACUCCUUGCCAUCUACACGGAGAAAGUAACCCCUACCUUGCUGCUCACCUUCACGAUCCUCACCUACACGUCGGGGGUGACGUAUUACCUCAGCGCCACUGUCAACCCCAUCCUUUACCAGCUGUUCUCCGUCAAAUUCCGACAAGCGUUCAAAGACACGUUCGCCGUCUGCUGCAAGACUGGGAAAGACAGUUCAAACCUCCAGUUCGAGAAUUCUCGCUACAAAGUGAGUUGCAACAACGGAAACGAUCCUUUUGCAACUUCGGCCAGCUGGGCUGCAGAAGCGACCAAUCAUCAAGAAUUAUAA